AUGGAGGAGAUGUUCAAUCCCGAGAAGAACCCUCAGCUGAACACGGCGGAGUUCGAGGCGCUGCUGAAGGAGUUCCGCACCGAUUACAACCAGCGGCACUUCGUGAGGAACGAGACGUUCAAGAAGGCGGCGGAGGGCAUCACGGGCCCGACGCGCAAGAUAUUUGUGGAGUUCCUGGAGAGGUCGUGCACUGCCGAAUUUUCGGGAUUUCUGCUGUACAAGGAGCUGGGGCGCCGCCUGAAGAAGACCAAUCCCGUGGUGGCGGAGAUUUUCACGCUCAUGUCGCGCGACGAGGCGCGCCAUGCGGGAUUCCUGAACAAGGCGAUGUCCGACUUCAACCUGGCGCUGGACCUGGGCUUCUUGACCAAGAACAGGCAGUAUACGUUCUUCGCGCCCAAGUUCAUUCUUUACGCCACUUACCUGUCGGAGAAGAUCGGCUACUGGCGAUACAUCUCGAUCUAUCGCCACCUGCAGAGGAACCCGGACUGCCAGCUUUACCCCAUCUUCGAGUACUUUGAGAACUGGUGCCAGGACGAGAACAGGCACGGCGACUUCUUCUCGGCGAUGCUCAAGUCGGAGCCCCAGCUGGUGAGCAAGGACGACUGGCAGGCCAAGCUGUGGUCCCGCUUCUUCUGCCUGUCUGUCUACAUCACCAUGUACCUCAAUGACCACUCCAGGGACGCAUUCUACAGCGCUCUCGGCUUGAACACCACACAAUUCAAUCAGCAUGUCAUCAUCGAGACCAACAAGACGACCGCUCGGAUUUUCCCCGCGGUGCCAGACACCGAGCACCCUGAUUUCUUCAUCAAGAUGGACAAGUUGGUGGAGCUGAACACCAAGCUGGCAACCAUCGGGAAGGGGGACGCGCCGGAGAUGCUGAAGAAUGCGCAGAGAGCGCCAAUCAUCGUGCAGAUGGUCGUUCUCAUGCUGCAGAUAUUCUUCAUGCCCCCCAUGGAGAGUGGCUCAUGGGACUUCGACUCGGAGGCACAGCUGGCUUAUUGA